GAAGUGAAGGCGCGGAAGGCGAGAAACAUUUUCCACCCGGCCGGCGCCGUCUCUUUGUCCGUCCACCUCCGCGCUGAAAGCAACAUCUGCAGCGACAACCAUGGCCAAUGUCGCUGACACGAAGCUCUACGACAUCCUCGGCGUGUCGCCGUCUGCCUCCGAGAACGAACUGAAAAAGGCAUACAGGAAGCUGGCCAAAGAGUACCACCCAGACAAGAACCCCAACGCUGGCGACAAGUUCAAGGAAAUCAGCUUCGCCUAUGAGGUGCUGACCAACCCUGAAAAGAAGGAGCUUUAUGACCGGUAUGGCGAACAGGGCCUGCGGGAGGGCGGUGGUGGCGGUCCCGGCAUGGACGACAUCUUCUCACACAUCUUCGGCGGCGGGCUCUUCGGCUUCAUGGGCAGCCAGGGCGGACGCUCGCGCAAUGGCGGCCGGCGGAGAGGCGAGGACAUGGUGCAUCCGCUCAAAGUAUCACUGGAGGACCUUUACAAUGGCAAGACCACCAAACUACAACUUAGCAAGAAUGUACUGUGUAGUACUUGUAAUGGGCAGGGGGGCAAGACAGGAGCUGUACAGAAGUGCGCCACCUGCCGAGGGCGUGGCAUGCGCAUCAUGAUCAGACAGCUGGCACCGGGCAUGGUGCAACAGAUGCAGUCCGUCUGCACCGACUGCAACGGAGAAGGUGAGGUGAUCAGCGAGAAAGACCGCUGUAAAAAGUGUGAGGGCAAGAAGGUGGUGAAGGAAGUGAAGAUCCUGGAGGUGCACGUCGACAAAGGCAUGAAGCACGGCCAGAAGAUCACUUUCGGCGGAGAGGCGGAUCAGGCGCCCAGCGUGGAGCCGGGCGACAUCGUCCUGGUGCUGCAGGAGAAAGAGCACGAGACAUUCCGGCGAGACGGCAACGACCUGUUCAUGAACCACAAGAUCGGCCUGGUGGAGGCGCUGUGCGGCUUCCAGUUCAUGCUGAAACAUUUAGACGGCAGACAGAUUGUGGUCAAGCAUCCCGCUGGCAAGGUUAUCGAGCCGGGCUCGGUGAGGGUGGUGCGAGGGGAGGGUAUGCCGCAGUACCGCAACCCCUUUGAGAAGGGAGACCUGUACGUCAAGUUCGACGUGCAGUUCCCCACCAGCAACUGGAUCAGUCCUGAGAAACUGCCGGAGCUGGAGGACAUGCUUCCGUCGCGAUCGGAGGCGCCGCUCAUCACGGGCGACACGGAGGAGGUGGACCUCCAGGACUACGACGUGAGCCAGGGCUCGUCGUCGGGGGGCCGCCGGGAGGCCUACAAUGACAGCUCGGACGAGGAAGGUGGCCACCACGGCCCAGGGGUCCAGUGCGCCCACCAGUAGCCCAGAGGGGCUGAGGCGGGCGGGGUGGCAAAAAUAGACUUUGUUUAUUUAAAAGAGGUGGCUGCCCCACUGUAAACAUCCCGCCGUUACCCCCUCUGAGGCACAGAAUAUCUCUUGUUUGAGUGUUGCUUUUGUUUUUCAUAGAAUUUACAAUAAUUUAACAGUUGGACACAUUCACAUGCGUUGUUUUCGCAGAAGAUUUUUCUGAUUUUUACAGGGUUUUUUUUGUUGGUAGCUUUUUACUUGUUUUUUUCCCCUCCUUCUCUUUAUAUUUUUAAAUCCAGAUUGUGUAUAUCAUUCAACUGGUCGUUGUCACCUGUAUUCAAAAGCGGUAUGUGAUGAUAUAUAUAUAAAAAAUAAAAAAAAAGUAUAAUAAUGACAGAAUUGACGCGCACACACAAAAGAUGAUAGCCUGCAUCUAUGCUGAGACCAUGUGCAUGUAAAAAAAAAUAUAUAUAAAAGUGUUUUUCUAUUAAAAAUGACAAUAUUAAGGUUUUGGUUCCAGCACUUGUACCGCAGUCUCGUGAAGACACUUAAAAAAAUGUUUAAGUUGUUGAAUAAAUUGUUGAAGAAUCCUGUUAUAGCCUCAUUAUCAUGAUUAAAAGUGCAAAAAAAUGCGUUAUUCACCA